AUGAAGUGGGCAGUACCCUUAUUUUUAGUAUCUCUCGCAUCAGCUACAGUAUACUUCCAAGAAGAGUUUGACACUAAUUGGGAGUCCAGAUGGGUGAAUUCUAACUGGAAAACUGACGGGUCUCAAGCUAAAUUCAGGAGAUCAGCAGGAGAUUGGUAUGUAGAUGCUGAAAAAGAUCAAGGUCUCCAGACCACUGAAGACUACAGAUUCUAUGGCAUCUCAAGCAAAUUCCCAGGCUUCUCAAACCAAGGCAAGCCUCUUGUUGUGCAAUUCACAGUAAAGAUGGAAAGAAAUGUGGACUGUGGUGGAGGAUACAUUAAGAUCCUUCCAGAUGGAUUCGACCAAAGCACCUUUGGCGGUGACACUCCAUAUCUAAUCAUGUUCGGGCCUGAUAUUUGUGGUAGCGAAAAAAAGACUCACUUAAUCGUUGCUUACAAAGGAAAGAAUUACCUCAACACAAAAAGGUUCAGAUGCGAGAUUGAUAGCUUCACACACCAAUACACAGCCAUUUUCCACCCUGAUAACACCUAUGAGUUUUUAAUUGACGACCAAGAAGUCUCCAAAGGAAAACUUGAAGAGCAUUGGGACAUUUUGCCUAAAAAAGAAAUCAAAGACCCAAGCGCCAAAAAGCCAGAAGAUUGGGUAGAUGAGCCAACUCUGCCAGACCCUGAAGACAAGAAGCCAGAAGGUUGGGACGAUAUCCCUGAGUUAAUUUCAGACCCUAGCGCAUCUAAGCCUGAAGAUUGGGAAGAUAAAGACGGUGAAUGGAAAGCUCCAAUGAUCCCUAACCCAGACUACAAAGGCGAAUGGAGGCCAAAGAUGAUACCAAACCCAGGCUACAAAGGCCCAUGGACUGCCCCACUGAUCCCUAACCCUGAUUACGUCGAAGAGCCUAACCUACACGCUUUUGGCACUUAUGGAGGCGUCGGCAUUGAGCUCUGGCAAGUCACCUCCGGGAUGAUUUUCGACAAUAUCAUCAUCACCGACAGCGUCGAAGAAGCAAAAGCAUUUUCAGAAAAAAAUUUCGCUUAUAGAAAAGCCGGAGAACCUGACGCAAAGAAAGUCUACGAUGACGCUGAAGAAGCCAAAAGACCAAAACCAGCAGAGCCAGAAGAGCACGACUUUGAAGGAAGAGAAGACCUUUAA